AUGGAAGAGCCUGAUCCAAAGGGCGGUUCGGCUGACAGGGGCACGCUCACCCUUGAGCAGCCAACCCUCGUCUUCUCCUGGCACGUUCCCUCUUCUAUGUCCCUUUCGGGAGACAACAGGGACGCUCAGCUGGGCCUAGGCGACUUUAGACGCUACGCGCAACCGCAGCCACUCCAGGAACUGAAAGGCAAGCAGCCGACAGUGGUGUCGGCCAGUGGCAACCUGUCGGCCGCAAUCACAAAAUCGGGUGAGACGUACAUAUGGGGCAAGUGCGGUCGGCUCUUUCACGGCGGCUGCGGGGACGAGCACCGGAGCAUGCCCACACUACACCCGGAGCUCUCCAAGCUCAACUUGAAGAGCAUUGCGUGCGGCUUGGGAUUCGUCGUGGGCUUGACAGAGGACGGAGAGGUGCGGGCUGUUGGCUCUGGGCAAAUGGGGUGCCUCGGCUAUGGCCUCACAAAGGCUAGCGAUGUACCAGUUGAGGCGAGAAUCAGCGAGCCAGUGUCGAGCAUCGCCGCCAGCGAGCAUUUUGUCCUCGCGCUCACCGAGGGCGGCAACGUCUAUUCGUGGGGCGGGAGCGGCGCACGACUCGGCCACGGCGACGAUCUGACCGUAAAGCUCGUGCCCCAUAAGCUGUUCACGUGGGGCGUGAACAAGGACGGCCAGCUGGGCUAUGGCAACGAGGAAGACUGCAGCACGCCGCGACUGGUCCGCUUUCCCGCCCGACAGCGUGUGGCCGAGAUCGCGUGCGGCGGCGAGCACAUGCUCUGCAUUACUAUCGGCGACAAAGGCACCAGGACGCUCUACAGCUGGGGCAACAAUAAAGUGGGGCAGCUGGGUCUUGGCGAUACCACCGCACGAAACGAACCCACUGUGGUCGAGGCCCUGCGGGGGAGAGGCGUGACCAAAAUCGGCGCCGGCUGGAAUUUCUCCUUUGUCACAACGGAUGAGGGAGAGCUGUUGGCGUUUGGCGAGGGCGACAGCGGCCAACUGGGGAUUGCGAAGCCCUGCAAGGAGCUGAAGCCCGUGCGGGUCACGCGCUUCGGCAAGCGGAAGAUGCUCCAAAUCGCCCCUGGCCGCGUCCACACGCUUCUCCUGACAGAAGGCGAGGCGCAAGUGGACGAAGAGGAGGAGGACGAACAAGAUGUCGACCACUGGGAAGUGGAGGCCAUCCGCGAAGUGCGCCGCGGUGUGGGCCAACUCGAGUACCUGGUGAAAUGGCUGGGGUACCCCGAGAAUCAGAACACAUGGGAGCCCAAGAGCAACCUCACGCACUGUCCCGAGCUCAUCCACGAUUUCGAGGUCCAUCAGCUCAACAAGAAGCUGCAGGCCCAACGAGAGGAGGAGGAGGAGCUGAAGCGCAUCAACGAGAAGCGGCUUGCCAAGAAGCUACACAACCCCGAAUCGAUCCUCAGUGACCGCAAGUUCAGGGGAGCCGUGCAAUACCAGGUGAAGUGGCCGGACGCCCAAGCGAUAUGGGUGGCGGAGAAGGACCUGGACGCGCCCGCGCUGAUCCGGGACUACAAAGCGCGUAAGGCCCAGCAGCGGCAGCGGGCAGAGAUCCUAGCUGACCACGACGACUCCGACCACGAGCUCGACGGCUUCAACUUCCCCGGGGCCGACGGCGAAAAAGAAAAGGAGAAAGAAAAGGAAAGAGAGAAGGAGGAAAAGGAUAACGACGCGAUGGUGAUCGACAAGAAGAAAGAGAAGGCGGAAAAGAAGAAGGAGGAGGAGGAGAAGAAGACGAACGAAGCCAAGGAGAAAGAAGAUGAAGAAGAUGAUAUUCUGAUGGUGAGGGAGCUGACGACGCCCAAGAGAAAGCCGCGAAGGGUGGUCCCCGAAUCGCCACUGGACGAACUCCUCAACUCUGACGAUGGCGGCGAAGAAAAAGAAAAAGAAAUGGAAGAAGAGGAGGAAGUGGAGACGACGACGAAGAAACGAAAGCGGUUGAGCAAGGGCAAGCGGACGACGAUGACGACCGGCAGGAAGAAGAAGCAGAAGAAGCAGAAGAAGCAGAAGAAGACGAAGAAGAAGCAGAGCACUUCGGAAGAGGAGGAGGUGGUGGAAGAUGUGGAGCUGGACGAGGAGGAGACGAAGGAGCUGCUCAAGGAGGCGGCCUUCGUCAUCCACGGGGACGACAAGGAAAAGAAGCGGCGCAAGGAAAAGGAGCUCGCCCUCAAGAUGCACAAGUUGUCGUCGAUUGUCCAAUGGAUCGGCAAGCCCAUAUUGCCGCCUAAGCGCAGGGGCACCAGUGGCAAAACUUUCUAUCGCGGGUUCGUGUUCGCUGGAACGACCUACCGAGUGGGCGAUUGUGUGACCCUGCGGCCAGAAGACGAGGCCGAUGACUGGUACGCCAUCAUCGACGAGCUCUACGAGACACGAACGGGCCAACUUGAGAUGCGCGGCUCGUGGCUGUACCGCCCACAGGACGUGCCCGAGGAACUGGUGGACGACCUCCACGUCAAAGAGCUGUGUUUGAGCAACCACAUUGAUCCCAACCCGGUCAACUCCAUCUCUCGCAGGAUUCUCGUCCUCAGCAAGGAGGAGUUUCUCCCGAUAGAGAAGAAGACGCGGCAGGAGCUCGAGGCACAGUUUCCCGACCUCGCUACUCCCGCUCUCAACAAGAAAAUCAAGUCGCGCUUGGCGAGCCUCUUCUUUGUCGAGAAGAAGUUGGAUGUGAACGCGCAGACGCUCAAGCCCUGCAAACCUCCCGGCAUUGCGAUGGUCCAUCACUCACAAAACCCCAAAAAAACAAAACCAAAACAAAAACAGAAGCAAACGAUGAGUGUAGAGGAGGCCCUGAAGCAAGGAGAAGGCAACGUGCGCGAAGAGAAAAGGCGGAGAAAGGGCAAGGAAAAGAUACCGAGCGAUGAAGAGGAAGAAGAGGAAGAAGUGGAAGAGGAAGAAGAGGAAGAGGAAGAAGAUGAGAAAGAGUACAAGGCCGAUCCAGAGGAAGAUGACGAGGACGACGUCCUCGAGGUCGACAUCAACCUCACGCCCAAGCCUAGUACGCGCUCGUCGUCGUCGUCUUCAUCGUCUUCUUCAUCAUCAUCGUCGUCAUCAUCGUCGGUCAACCCGAUCAGCAUCACCCGCAAGACGAGGGCCGCGGCCACCAAGGCAGCAUCCCCGAAGAAAGCGAAAGCGGCGGCCAAGAAAAGCGAAAGCGACGACGAAAUGGAGGAAGAGGAAGUCGUGACGCCGCCGAGAACAAGAGGCCGCAAGAAGCGACCCGCGUCCGAGGGUACUGCGGCGGUGGUGCUCGACGAAGACGAAGACGAAGACGAGGCGGAGCGGAGCCUCCGGCGGCCAAGCGGCAGCGGCGCGGAACGCGGGAAGAAGGCCGCGGCUGCGGCGCAGAGGAAGCCGAAGACGAAGUCGCAGAAGAUAAAGAAGAAGGAGAAGAAGACGAGGAAGGAGCAAGUAGAUGAGGAAGAGGAAGAGGAAGAGAAGGAGGUGCGCGAGGAGGACUGGGGCCUGCAGGCCAUCGACGAGAUCAUGACGACCCCUCUGCAGAAGACGACGACGCCUGAAAAAAAGAAAAUGAAGAAGAAGGAGGAGGCGACAGCGACGGCGCCGGCGCCGGCGCUCCCUCGUGCGAUCAUCGUUAGCAUCGCGACGCCGGCGGUGGCCGAGCAAGACGCGAAGAAGCCGCAGGAAAUGGAGAAGAAAGCGACGAAGGAAAAGCCAAAGGAAACGGAGGAGAAAAAGGAAGAGAAGGAGGAGGAGAAAAAGGAGGAAGAGGAGGUCCAGAACAGCCCCGACCUGUUCCCUCAGCUGCAGCCGCAACCGUUGGCGGAGACGACGGCCAUGGCGACGACGACGACGGAGCCCGAGGCCAGCCAACAAGGUCAGCAGCUGAUAGAGGCCGCCGGGCGCGGGGAUGUUGAGGAGGUCAGCCGCCUGCUGCAGCUGAGGGCCGAUGUGACCGUCGUCAACAGGCACGGCCACACCGCGCUCAUGAUAGCGGCGGCGAGGAAUCACGUCGAAGUGCUGCGCGUGCUGCUCGCUCUGCCGCAUCCACAAUUGGACGCCCGCGCCAAUCUGGGCCUCACCGCGCUGCACUACGCGGCCGGCAACGGAGCCGCCGAGGCUCUCCAGCUCUUGCUCAACCACGGCGCGCGAUAUCAGAUGAAGGACCUGCGCCAGCGCACGCCGCACUACUUGGCCCAGCACAACAACCACGCCCAGUGCGCCGCCAUCCUCGAGGCGCACAGGGCCAGGCGCAUCGCAGAGCUCCAAAAGCAAGCCGAGAGCCCUUCCUCCUGA